UGCGCUUGGAGGUGACGCAGCUUGACAAAGGAUCCAAAGGCUUGGGAUCGGACAUGCUCUAUCAGUCCUACUUUGUCUGCGUCGAGGAGGAUUUGGAACAGUCCACAACAACGGUGCAAUUCGGGAAGACGCCAGAUAAUGAGGACAGCGGCCAUGUCUGGCUGGACUACCAGUUCCACGAUGUCCUGUCUCUGCACUUCUACGCGUUCGGCAGUGGCGAGCACGCCGUGAAGAUGAUGGGCGUGUCUCAGGCAUUCAAACCUACGGACCUGAACAUCGUCUGCCGCGAAGGAACCGUCAAAGAGGGUGACAGAUGUGUGCAAGUGUGCCACGCCGAGUGUGUCGGCUGUAGAACGACCGGAUCUGACAGCCCACGUGACUGCAUCACGUGCCUGAACUUGAGGGUCCCCUACCCGUACCUCGCUGGCUCCGUCGGGGAUUUCGAGUGUGUGUCAGCCUGCCCAGUAAACAUGGUCCAAGCUUCCGGGUUAAACGACUGUCAAUGUAUAAAGCGGAUGGAGGAACCCGCUGAUGACGGCACGGUGACGUGUGUGACGUCAUGUCCUCUCACCCACUUUGACGACAGCAGCGUGUGCAAAAGGUGCAGCAGUCUUUGUACCGACGUGAGUGGAGACGGCCAGGCGGUGUGUACGGGGCCUGCUGCCGAACAGUGCACGGCGUGUGUCUACACGGCAGCAGACGGGAGCUGCUUGGAAGGAUGUAGCCCUGGACAGAAGGCCGUAACCGGAUCUACAACCGGAUCAACUACAACUAAUGAUGGGUACACCGUUCGUGUAGGAGACUGUCCUGGGAACGACAUCCCGGACAUCAUUGGAGACGGCAUCACCCUGCAAACCUGCGCGGACCGAUGCUCAAGUCGUUCCGACUGCGUCUCCUUCAUGUUUAAUUAUGACAACGGAAGGUGCUACCCGAAGACUCAGACAUGCGACGAAACGACCAAGGACAACCCUGCACUCCGGUUCUACGACAAAAAUUGUCCGGACGGCAACAGUCUCGUACUAGCCAGCGGUAAGAUGUACUCCGUCGGUGGGGACAGCAGGACUUAUAGCGACGCGCAGGACGAGUGCAGGCGACAAGGUGGCAUCGUCGCGAUACCGAGGGACGAUGAAGAACAACGGAAGCUGGUGUUCCUCAAAAACUGCUUCAACAGUGCCGAUCAAUUCUGGGUUGGUAUGAAGAAGACAGCAGGAGUAUGGCAAGACGGCGGGGGCACCGCACUGGGCAGUUUUACGAGCUGGGCACCAGGGGAGCCAAACGAAGGUGUGAAGUUGUGUGCACACUUCGUCUACGGUGAACACGUGGAUGAAGAACGACGAAACAACUGGGCAGACGCAGAAUGCUUCUUAUUGUACCGCUACAUCUGUGAGAAAGAAAGCGUGACACCCCCGGCUGACAACACGCCUAGUAGUGAAUCCGACACAAUUACCUGCGAGGCUUGCCAAGAUGGGUACAAGUGUGUGAAUGGAGAUGAGGUGGAGGAGAUCUGUCCUGCGGGGACCAUAAGCAGGUCGGACGGGACGGCCUGCGAUCCGUGUGCCGCUGGACAGUUCAGUGGUGCGGCCGGCUCCACAACCUGUCAGCAGUGCCCGGCCGGACAGUUCAACACACAGAGCGGAUCGUCCAGCUGCCAGCCCUGCCCAGCAGGAAAGUACAGCUCCUCCGCAGGGUCAACCGAAUGCCAGGUCUGCCCGGCAGGGAGGUACAGCUCUAGCGGUUCCUCGUCCUGUACCCGCUGUCCGGCAGGGCGAUAUAGCACGAGCAGCGGCUCAUCAAGCUGUCAGAGCUGCCAAGCUGGAGAGUACAGCUCCAGCAGUGGGUCUACCAGCUGUCAGAGCUGUCCAGCAGGGCAGUACAACACACGUGAAGGGUCCACUAGCUGUCAGAGCUGUCCAGCUGGACAGUACAGCAGUUCCAGCGGUUCUACCGGCUGCAUGGUCUGCCAGGCUGGAUCUACCAGUAGCGUGGGCGCGACGUCCUGCACCGACGUAAACGAAUGCCAGUCAAACCCCUGUCAGAAUGGCGGGACCUGUGAGAACAUGGUUGACCGUUACUCUUGCACCUGUAGUGGUUAUUUCGAGGGAGAACACUGUGAAACAGCUGUGUACAGUCACCUGGGGUGCUUCACACAAUCUGAUGGCACCGCUAACGUCAUGGGUUCAAUGGAAGGCCAUUUUCCGUAUGGGCCACCCUCGAAUGGCUUGCUAUACUACCAGUACCGCGAGCAUGCCAUUUUGAAGUGUUACACGUUUGCCGAGGAGGCUGGUUACAAUCUUUUUGCCCUGGAGGAUGGUGGCAUGUGCCGGGGAGCAAACGAUCAGAUUGGAACGUACCGCGUGUUAGGGUUCUCCCAAAACUGUGGGAAUGACGGUAAAGGUGGAGAUAAUGCAAUUGAUGCUUAUCUCAUCACUGGAAAAGCUACAUGGCUACCAAGGCGCGGGUCCUGGAUUGUCGAUGAGACUUACUCACCGGAUUAUGGUGCCGAACGCGCGCUCGAUGGCACCUUUGGAACCUACUGGAACCCCGCGGGCUCCGCGACGGCACAGAGAUACGCCAACAACUGGUUCUUCACGGUGGAUCUCACGGUGCCGCACACUCUAACCGGCAUCAGGAUCACCAAUUAUCGAGACACAACACACGACGUCAAAGCCUUCAAGUUGCAAAAGUCACAGGUUGGAAGUCCGUUCAACUGGGAGGAUGUCACGACAAUUACUAACGUACAGCCUGGGCCAGUCCUUCCUUAUCACCAGGAUUUUAGUGGUUUCCAGGGAACAGCGCGGUUCUGGAAGUUCUUGGUCACUCAGACCCACUCGGGGUGGCAGCCAUGGGCAAGGGAGGUGGACUUCUACGGAUUCCCAUCUGUGUAGUCAGCGGCCUCCCAUUGGUUUCGUGAAGUGGAAAACCGUGAAAACAUGGACUGGACACGCAAUGGAUUGUCGUCUGCUGACUCAUUAUCUCAUGUUUAGAAAAAGCACCUAAUUACCAGCUAACGCCAUGCAAGUAGAUUUUCAUUGGUUACCUGUUUGGAACACAAUUCCAAUAGAUAGAUAGAUAGAUUUGAAAUUGCUCUGGAUGAGUUGUAAAAAAAAAAACAUAAGAGAAAAUUUUGUAAACAUUUGCAGCACAUCGUAGGAAUGAUCAGAUAAUGAUGCUUUUCUACCCAUGAAAUUAUGAACUGUGAGGCGACCCCUGGGGUUUAGAUACACCGUUUUUCUCAUCAAGCCGCAAUGAAAACAAUAUGUCUGCAUUUAUCAAUGUCUAAAAACAUCAUAUGGUUGGUAAAAUAACAUGGGCAGAAAUUGUUAGAAAUACUGAAACUUGAUCUGAAACCGACAAAGCGCCUUGAUGGAGAUAAUGAUGGUUGUGUUUAAGUCCGAUUAUCCAACGGCAACUGCAGUGCAAUGCUGAGUAAUGCUAGGUUCACAUUGUAAGCUCGGCCCGGCCGGGCAGUUUAAAGGAACGAAAUAUAUGAUAAGACAGACAACAGCAACAAAAUAUCAUACCAAGAAUUAUUCAAGAUCAUAAGUUGUGUGCAUAUUUAUUUAAAUGUACUUCAAUGUUUCCCGUCCAAAAAAGUUCGACCGGGCCCUGGUUAGAAAAUGUGACCCUAGCAUAAAUAGGCUCUUUGAUUUAACUAGGGUCUUACUAAUUCCAUUUCUUUUGGCGCUGAUAAUUGAUGAUGAUUCAAGUUGACUUUAAACUGAACAAACAGUUUGAGAUAUUUUUUUUUAAUGUACCCUAACAUAUGUGCCACAACAGCAUUGUAUUUAGUAACAUAUAAAGAGAUAUGUUGAAUAAUUAUUACUAUGACUAUCAAAAUUAGUCGGCGGCACGGUUACUCCAUGACGACAUUUGUCUGACAAUCCCGUCACUGUGUUGCCCUUUUGUAGCUCUCAGGACCACCUCCAUUUUAACCAUCGUAAUCUAAAUUUGUUCAAACAUCACACCCGGUAGAUUACUAACUGACUAAAUAUCUCCAUCCGUAAAUAACAUCAUAAGGUUGGCAAUCAUUCAUAAAGUAAGGUUCUUUAGGCACAACCAAGGAGUACUUACUUCCAACGUUUCGAGAGGGGAUACAAGCUGAGCCACGUUUGAGGCACCAUUCUUGCUGCUGCAGCGCCACCUACAUUGGCUAUAAGUAGCAGCAAGAAGUAGUUUCCAGUCUUUGUACCCUGAUGAUGGUGUCCGAUAGACAUCGAAACGUUGGAAGUAAUUACUCCAUGGUUUUGCCUGAAGAACCUUGCUAUACAAAUCUCUUCAUGUUUUAUUUUCUUGAAUAUCGCAACUUUAGCGCAGCCCUCACACUCUUGUAUGGCCUAAAAUGGCCGAAUGGCUAGGCCAGCGGACACGAGAUUGGUUCGAUCACUAGCUUUCUCGGCUAGAUAAUGUGCCUUUGGGAAAGACACUUCACACGACUUUCGUCACUCCACUCAGGUGCAGUAAGGAAAGGGUCCUCCAUUAUGAUGGUUAAGAUGUUGGUACUUAACACCUGAUAAGGAUUUUAUACAUAUUCAAGAUCUGCUUCUCGCGUUUAUUGUAGAAGUUAUGAAAUUAACUCAUUUAGUGAUUAGCUCAUUUAGUAUCUAAUUAUGUAAAUCAUUAAUAAGCUAUCAACGUACCAAAAUCACAACUAUAAGUCAACUCGUUCUUUGAUUUAGAUGUAUUUUCGAUCAAAGUCUGAAACAAAAUCAACCUUUGCUAUUCCGAAAAAGCUGUUAGGGGGUCCAAAUCUACACCACUUACUAGCUGUACCAACAGCAAUCUAUUACUCAAAAUCACUACCAUAUAGAUAUCCGGAAUAUUAGCUUCAUUAUACGGAUGGCAUCUACUGGGAAUUCCCAUACAAAAAAGAGAAGUCUGGCAAAACAAGAUACAUUCAUUAUAAAAUCUAAGUGAUUAUUACCAAUUGGAAGGUUGAACAAAUGAUACGACUACAGUAUGACGCAUUUUUUUCUUGGAAGGGAUGCACGUUGUUGCAUGUGUGAACCCAUGUCAUCCAUAUUAACAAAUUUAUUUAGUUUUAGAGUCGUAUCUGACGUUAUUUACUGCUAGAAAUUAGUUUCAGUAAUGACAGCAACGUUAACAGAUUUUGUGUUUAGCAUAAUAUUCAAGAAACACACUUGGACUACAUAAGUGUUGUAAUUCUUACUACUUUAACUUUGUGCUUGCUGAAGAUUAUUCAAAGACUCAUACAUAUUCAUUCAUCAUGUAGUUUGAAUAAAGUUGCAGUUGUCGUUCAA